UCGCCGGGAGAGGAAUUCCCUCCAAGCGCGGCGCGGCCCGGAGCCGCAGCUCAACUUCGUUUGCUGUUUGCUGAAACUUGCUUUCUGCCAAUUAAGAGCCAUGCUGCGAGUGAUCGUGGAAUCUGCCAGUAACAUCCCUAAAACGAAAUUUGGAAAACCGGAUCCUAUCGUUUCUGUUAUUUUUAAGGAUGAGAAAAAGAAAACAAAGAAAGUUGAUAAUGAACUCAACCCUGUCUGGAAUGAGAUACUGGAGUUCGACUUGAGGGGUAUACCACUGGACUUUUCAUCUUCCCUUGGGAUUAUUGUGAAAGAUUUUGAGACGAUCGGACAAAAUAAGUUAAUUGGCACGGCGACCGUGGCCCUGAAGGACCUGAUCGGUGACCAGAGCAGAUCACUACCGUACAAACUGAUCUCCCUGCUAAACGAAAGGGGGCAAGACACCGGGGCCACCAUUGACUUGGUGAUCGGCUAUGACCCACCUUCAGCUCCACAUCCGAAUGACCCGAGUGGAACCAGCGUGGCAGGCAUGGGAGGAGAAGGAGAAGAAGAUGAAGGUGAUGAAGAUAGGUUGGACAGUCCAGUCAGGGGCCCGGGGCCCAGGGGCUCAGGUGGGACGGUGUCGGAAGCUCAGCUUGCUCGGAGGCUCAACAGAGUGAAAAACAGCCGGCGGAUGCUGUCCAACAAGCCCCAGGACUUCCAGAUCCGCGUCAGAGUGAUUGAGGGCCGGCAGUUAAGUGGCAACAACAUAAGGCCUGUGGUCAAAGUCCAUGUCUGUGGCCAGACACACCGAACGAGAAUCAAGAGAGGGAACAAUCCGUUUUUUGACGAGUUGUUUUUCUACAAUGUCAACAUGACCCCUUCUGAGCUGAUGGAUGAGAUCAUCAGCAUCCGGGUUUAUAAUUCCCACUCUUUGCGGGCAGAUUGUCUGAUGGGGGAAUUUAAGAUUGAUGUUGGAUUCGUUUAUGAUGAACCUGGUCACGCUGUCAUGAGAAAAUGGCUUCUUCUCAAUGACCCAGAAGAUUCCGGCUCAGGUGCUAAAGGUUACAUGAAAGUCAGCAUGUUUGUCCUGGGAACUGGAGACGAGCCUCCCUCUGACAAACAAGAUCGCGAUGGCGACUGUGACGACGUGGAGAGUAAUUUGUUACUCCCUGCUGGCAUCGCCCUCCGGUGGGUGACCUUCUUGCUGAAAAUCUACCGAGCUGAAGAUAUCCCCCAGAUGGAUGAUGCCUUCUCACAGACAGUGAAGGAAAUAUUUGGAGGCAAUGCAGAUAAGAAAAACCUUGUGGAUCCUUUUGUAGAAGUUUCCUUUGCUGGAAAAAAGGUUUGCACAAAUAUAAUUGAGAAAAAUGCAAACCCAGAGUGGAAUCAGGUCGUCAAUCUUCAGAUCAAGUUUCCUUCAGUAUGUGAAAAAAUAAAACUAACAAUAUAUGACUGGGACCGUCUUACUAAAAAUGAUGUAGUUGGAACAACGUAUCUACACCUCUCUAAAAUUGCUGCCUCUGGUGGGGAAGUGGAAGAUUUAUCAUCCUCGGGAGCUGGGGCUGCAUCAUAUACAGUAAAUACAGGAGAAACAGAGGUGGGGUUUGUUCCAACAUUUGGACCUUGUUAUCUGAACCUUUAUGGAAGCCCCAGAGAGUACACGGGAUUCCCAGACCCCUAUGAUGAGCUGAAUAGUGGAAAGGGAGAAGGAGUUGCCUACAGAGGCAGGAUCUUGGUUGAAUUAACCACUUUUCUUGAGAAGACACCACCAGAUAAAAAGCUUGAGCCCAUUUCAAAUGAUGACCUGCUGGUUGUUGAGAAAUACCAGCGAAGGCGGAAGUACAGCCUGUCCGCUGUCUUUCAUUCGGCCACCAUGUUGCAGGAUAUUGGUGAAGCCAUUCAGUUUGAAGUCAGCAUUGGGAACUACGGCAACAAGUUCGACGCGACCUGUAAGCCUUUGGCAUCAACCACGCAAUACAGCCGCGCCAUAUUUGAUGGGAACUACUAUUAUUACUUGCCUUGGGCCCACACAAAGCCAGUUGUUACCCUGACUUCAUACUGGGAGGAUAUUAGUCAUCGCCUGGAUGCUGUCAACACUCUCCUAGUUAUGGUAGAACGGUUGCAAUCAAACGUAGAGGCUCUAAAAUCAGGGAUACAAGGUAAAAUUCCUGAAAACCAGCUGGCUGAAUUGUGGUUGAAGCUGAUAGACGAAGUUAUAGAAGACACAAGAUACACGUUGCCUCUCACAGAAGGAAAAGCCAAUGUUACAAUUCUGGAUACUCAGAUCCGAAAGCUGCGGUCCAGAGCGCUUUCCCAGAUACAUGAGGCCGCCGUGAGGAUGAGGUCUGAAGCCAUAGAUGUGAAGUCCACACUGGUGGAAAUUGAAGAUUGGCUUGAUAAAUUAAUGCAGCUGACUGAAGAGCCGCAGAACAGUAUGCCUGACAUUAUCAUCUGGAUGAUCCGGGGAGAGAAAAGACUGGCCUAUGCACGAAUUCCUGCACAUCAGGUUUUAUACUCUGCCAGCGGUGAGAGCGCCUCUGGGAAAUACUGUGGGAAAACCCAAACCGUCUUUCUGAAGUAUCCGCAGGAAAAAAACAACGGGCCAAAGGUGCCUGUGGAAUUGCGAGUGAACAUCUGGCUGGGCUUAAGUGCUGUUGAGAAGAAGUUUAAUAGUUUUGCAGAAGGAAAUUUCACCGUCUUUGCUGAAAUGUAUGAAAAUCAAGCUCUCAUGUUUGGAAAAUGGGGCACCUCCGGAUUAGUGGGACGUCAUAAAUUUUCUGAUGUGACGGGAAAAAUAAAGCUCAAGAGGGAAUUCUUUUUGCCUCCAAAAGGCUGGGAAUGGGAAGGAGAUUGGAUAGUGGAUCCUCAAAGAAGCUUGCUGACUGAGGCGGAUGCAGGUCACACGGAGUUCACUGAUGAAGUCUAUCAGAAUGAGAGUCGCUACCCCGGGGGCGAGUGGAAGCCAGCAGAGGACACCUACACAGAUGCGAACGGUGAUAAAGCAGCGUCACCCAGCGAGCUGACUUGUCCUCCGGGUUGGGAAUGGGAAGAUGACGCGUGGGCGUAUGACAUCAAUCGAGCAGUGGAUGAGAAAGGCUGGGAAUAUGGAAUUACCAUUCCUCCUGAUAAUAAGCCCAAAUCCUGGGUUGCAGCAGAGAAAAUGUAUCACACUCAUAGGCGGCGAAGGCUGGUCCGGAAACGCAAGAAAGAUUUAACACAGACGGCUUCAAGUACUGCAAAGGCCAUGGAAGAAUUUGAAGACCGGGAAGGCUGGGAAUAUGCAUCUUUAAUUGGCUGGAAAUUUCACUGGAAACAGCGUAGUUCAGAUACCUUUCGCCGCAGACGCUGGAGGAGAAAAAUGGCUCCUUCAGAAACACAUGGCGCAGCUGCCAUCUUUAAACUUGAAGGUGCCCUUGGGGCAGACACUACAGAGGACGGAGACGACAGGAGUGGGGAGAAGCAGAAGCACAGCGCCACCACCGUGUUUGGAGCAAACACUCCCAUUGUUUCUUGUGAUUUCGACAGAGUCUACAUCUACCAUCUGCGCUGCUAUAUCUAUCAAGCCAGAAACCUCAUGGCUUUAGACAAGGAUAGCUUUUCAGAUCCAUAUGCUCACGUCUCCUUCCUCCAUCGAAGCAAAACCACCGAGAUCAUCCACUCAACCCUGAAUCCCACAUGGGACCAAACAAUUAUAUUUGAUGAAAUUGAAAUCUAUGGGGAACCCCAAGCCGUUCUACAGAACCCACCCAAAGUUGUCAUAGAACUUUUUGACAAUGACCAAGUGGGCAAAGACGAAUUUUUAGGACGAAGCAUUUUCUCUCCUCUGGUGAAACUACAUUCAGAAAUGGACGUCACGCCCAAACUCCUCUGGCACCCAGUAAGGAACGGAGACAAGGUCUGUGGGGAUGUCCUUGCCACCGCAGAGCUGAUCCUGAGGCACAAGGAUGGCUCCAACCUCCCCAUCCUGCCCUCUCAGAGGGCUCCGAAUCUGUACAUGGUUCCCCAGGGGAUCAGACCCGUGGUCCAGCUCACUGCUAUCGAGAUUCUAGCUUGGGGCUUAAGAAAUAUGAAAAACUACCAGAUGGCCUCUAUCACAUCCCCCAGUCUUGUGGUGGAGUGUGGAGGGGAGAGGGUGGAGUCGGUGGUGAUCAAAAACCUUAAGAAGACGCCCAACUUUCCAAGUUCCGUUCUCUUCAUGAAAGUGUUACUGCCCAAGGAGGAGUUGUACAUGCCUCCGCUGGUGAUCAAGGUCAUCGAUCACAGGCAGUUUGGGCGGAAGCCCGUAGUCGGCCAGUGCACCAUUGAUCACUUGGACCGCUUUCGCUGCGACCCUUAUGCAGGAAAGGAAGAUAUUGUGCCGCGGCUAAAAGUCUCCCUUAUGUCUGCCCCACCCUGCCGGGACGUAGUCAUCGAAGUAGAAGACACCAAACCAUUACUGGCUUCUAAGCUGACAGAAAAGGAAGAAGAGGUCGUGGACUGGUGGAGUAAAUUUUAUGCUUCCUUAGGGGAACAUGAGAAAUGUGGACAAUAUAUUCAGAAAGGCUAUUCCAAGCUCAAGAUAUAUGAUUGUGAACUAGAGGAUGUAACAGAAUUUGAGGGCCUGACGGACUUCUCAGAUACUUUCAAGUUGUUCCGAGGCAAAUCAGACGAGAAUGAAGAUCCUUCUGUGGCAGGAGAGUUUAAGGGCUCCUUCCGCAUCUACCCCCUGUCGGAUGACCCCAGCGUGCCAGCCCCUCCCAGGCAGUUUCGGGAAUUACCUGACAGCGUCCCACAGGAAUGCACGGUUAGGAUUUACAUUGUUCAAGGCUUAGAGCUCCAGCCCCAGGACAACAAUGGCCUGUGUGACCCUUACAUAAAGAUAACACUGGGCAAGAAAGUCAUUGAAGACCGAGACCACUACAUUCCCAACACUCUCAACCCAGUCUUUGGCAGAAUGUACGAACUGAACUGCUACUUACCUCAAGAUAAAGACCUGAAAAUCUCUGUCUAUGAUUACGACACCUUCACCCGUGACGAAAAAGUGGGAGAAACAAUUAUCGACCUGGAGAACCGAUUCCUUUCCCGGUUUGGGGCGCACUGCGGCAUCCCUGAGCAGUACUGCGUUUCUGGAGUCAAUACUUGGCGAGAUCAGUUGAGACCAACACAGUUGCUUCAAAAUGUAGCCAGAUUCAAAGGCUUCCCACAGCCCAUCCUCUCCGAAGAUGGAAAUAGAAUCAGAUAUGGAGAACGAGACUACAGUUUGGAUGAAUUUGAAGCCAACAAAAUCUUGCACCAGCACCUCGGGGCCCCUGAAGAGCGGCUCGCCCUUUACAUCCUCAGGACUCAGGGGCUGGUCCCUGAGCACGUGGAAACGAGGACUUUGCACAGCACCUUCCAGCCCAACAUUUCCCAGGGAAAACUUCAGAUGUGGGUGGAUGUUUUCCCCAAGAGUUUGGGGCCACCAGGCCCUCCUUUCAACAUCACACCCCGGAAAGCCAAGAAAUACUACCUGCGCGUGAUCAUCUGGAACACCAAGGACGUUAUCUUGGAUGAGAAAAGCAUCACAGGAGAGGACAUGAGUGACAUCUAUGUCAAAGGCUGGAUUCCUGGCAGUGAGGAAAACAAACAGAAAACAGAUGUUCAUUACAGGUCCUUGGAUGGGGAAGGGAACUUUAACUGGAGAUUUGUGUUCCCGUUUGACUACCUCCCGGCUGAACAACUCUGUGUCGUUGCUAAAAAAGAGCAUUUCUGGAGCAUUGACCAAACAGAAUUUCGAGUCCCACCCAGACUGAUCAUUCAGAUAUGGGACAAUGACAAGUUUUCUCUGGAUGACUACUUAGGUUUCCUGGAGCUUGAUUUGCAUCACACAAUCAUUCCAGCAAAAUCAUCAGAGAAAUGCAAUUUGGACAUGAUUCCGGACCUCAAAGCCAUGGACCCCCUUAAAGCUAAGACGGCCUCCCUCUUUGAGCAGAAGUCCAUGAAAGGAUGGUGGCCAUGCUACGCAGAGAAAGAUGGCGCCCGUGUGAUGGCUGGGAAAGUGGAGAUGACAUUGGAAGUCCUCAAUGAGAAGGAGGCCGACGAGAGGCCAGCCGGGAAGGGGCGGGAUGAACCCAACAUGAACCCCAAGCUGGACCCACCAAACCGACCAGAGACGUCCUUCCUCUGGUUCACCAACCCGUGCAAGACCAUGAGGUUCAUCGUGUGGCGCCGGUUUAAGUGGGUCAUCCUCGGCCUGCUCCUCCUGCUCAUCCUGUUGCUCUUCGUGGCCGUGCUUCUCUACUCCUUGCCGAACUAUUUGUCAAUGAAGAUUGUGAAGCCAAAUGCAUAAUGAAAGCAGAGCCUUCUUUUCAAGAGUCAUCCAGCAAUAAGGAAUCUCACCUCCGUGGACCAAAAUCAAGUGUGUCUGAGACUACAGCCCAGUGGCACGUUACACUAUUCCAGCAAGCCCGUCCGUUCUCAGAGGGCCUUAAUGCUGCAAUGACAGGCCAACAAGCAAUAUUUUUAUCUUUUCUUUUGAAGUAUUAAAUGUUUUAUUUUCUGAAGUUUUGACCAUGUUUUCAAGGUGGCUGGUUCCAUUUUAAAAAUCAUCUUUUUAUGUGUCCUUAUUUCUAUAAUUCAAUUUUUGGAAAUUGCUGAAAUGAAAUUUGAAAAUUUCUGCUUCUUGAUGUCAUAUACUCAUUUGUAAUCAGCUAAAAGAACUGUGCAUUAUAAAAACAGAAUAGUUAGAGUGAUUCUUAUUUAUGCCUACAACCAUUGUUAUGAUAUUUUGUAUGGAUAAACCUCAUGAAAUGCUAUUUUAACCUCUGUGACAAACCUAAAUAAAAAUGUUUCACCUUU